AUGAAUAUUCUGGGGUCGGAGUAUCUCCCAAGCAACUACAAAUUCGAACUCCAAAAGACAAUCCGCCAAAUAACCAGAAGAAACUCUAAAAGGGUUGCAAUCCAAUUUCCAGAAGGAAUAAUCCAUUUAUCUACAGUUAUUUCUGAUAUAAUUAGGGCUAAUACUAAUGUUGAAUCUGUUUAUAUUCUGUCUGAUGUAGUAUACGGGGCCUGUUGUAUUGAUGAUAUUUCUGGAUAUUUAAUAGACUGUGACUUACUUAUACACUACGGGCACUCUUGCUUAUUUGAAGUCACUAAGUCACUGAUUCAAGUGAUGUACAUAUUCGUAGAAAUACAGUUUGAAAUUGAUCACUGCAUAAAUAUGGUACAGAAAUACAUGAAUAUUCAAGAUAUUUCUAUCCUUGGGACCAUCCAGUAUAACAGUACAAUCAGAAAGAUAAAAAAGCAGUUGGAAAUAAAUAGAAUGAAAGAAUUAGAAAUAUCACAGAAUAUGCAGCAAGAUACAGAAGUAAAUAAGGCAGAGACAAACAACUCAACUAAAAAUAACCGAGAAAUAAAUAUUCCCAGAGUGCACCCACUAAGUCCAGGUGAAGUACUAGGGUGCACAUCCCCUAAAGUAGAUUCUGAUGUGAUUUUAUUCAUAUCAGAAGGAAGAUUCCAUUUGGAGUCUUUGAUGAUUCAGAAUCCACAUAAAACCUACUAUAAAUACUGUCCAUCUUCUAAGACACUCUCUUUGGAGAGACAUGAUUACAAGAGAUUCAUGGAAAUUAGAAAGAAUACCCAUGAGAAAUCACUUUUAACAGAAGAAUACGUUAUAAUAUUCGGUACCUUAGGGAGACAAGGGGGAAUUGGCUUAUUAAACCGUUUGGAAAAUGAUCUUAAAAGAAGAAACAAAAAGUACUUUACUGUAUUCCUAUCAGAAGUAGAUGAAACAUUCAUUGGAUCCUUACAGGAUGUGACUGUAAUAGAGGUAGCAUGCCCUAGAAUAGCAAUAGAUUGGGGUUCUACAUUUAAUAUUCCAAUUAUAACACCAUUUGAAUAUUUCAGUAAAGACCUAAGAGAGUACCCCAUGGAUUAUUAUGCAAAACAAGAAGAAAUGAAGCCAUGGCAGACACUCCAUUGA